AUGGAGAUGAUUCGUUUCCCUUUUCAUCGGGAAUGGAACAAUGCACUAAGCUUUGUGGAAAAGUGGUGUCAGAUGGAGAUAUCCUCUCAAGUUCCUGCCAACUUCAAAGGCCAGCUAGCCAGCGUGGAGUUACUGUUUCCAGGCAGAAUGGCUGCGCCUCGUGACAUGAAUCCUGUGCGAAUGAUGCUGUUCGACGAGACAGCAUAUAGGAACGGCGUUGUUUUCUGGCAACACUUGGCCUAUAUUCUCGCAUUUGGCCUGGCUUUCGAAGCUUGUGAGAACACGGGAGAAAGGACCUAG